CCGAGCGGAGCCGAACCGAGCCGAACCGAGCCGAGCCGAGCCCCCGGUGCCCGGAGCCGUCCCCCAUGGCUGCCGAGGGCCCCGUGCCCGGCCCCGCCGGGUUCCAGUUCGCCAUCGACCGCGGCGGGACCUUCACGGACGUGUUCGCUCGCUGCCCCGGCGGCCGCGUCCGCGUCCUCAAGCUGCUCUCCGAGGACCCGGCCUACGCAGACGCGCCCACCGAGGGCAUCCGCCGCGUCCUGGAGGAGGAGCUGGGGGUGCCCCUGCCCCGGGAGCAGCCGCUGGACGCGGCCGGUAUCGAGUGGAUCCGGAUGGGGACCACGGUGGCCACCAACGCGCUGCUGGAGCGCCGGGGCGAGCGCGUGGCGCUGCUGGUGACCCGCGGCUUCCGCCACCUCCUGCACAUCGGCACCCAGGCGCGGCCGCGCAUCUUCGACCUGGCGGUGGCGGUGCCCGAGGUGCUGUACGAGGAGGUGAUCGAGGUGGACGAGCGGCUCAUCCCGCUCCAGCCGCGCUGCCGCCUCCCGGGCACAGAGUCGCUCCCGGUGCUCCAAGGAUCCAUGGGGGUGUCGCUGGUGCUGCAGCGGCCGCUGGAGCUCUCGGCGCUGCGGCGGGAGCUGGAGGGGGUGCGGGACCGCGGCAUCCGCAGCCUGGCCGUGCUGCUGCUGCACUCCUACGCGUGGCCGGGCCAUGAGCAGCGAGUGGCGGCGCUGGCGCGGGAGCUGGGCUUCGAGCACGUGUCGCUGUCCUCGGCCGUGGCGCCCAUGGUGCGCGCGGUGCCGCGCGGCUUCACCGCCUGCGCCGAUGCCUACCUGAGCCCCUGCAUCCAGCGGUACCUGCACGGCUUCCGCGCCGGCUUCCGGCACCGCCUGCAGGGGGUGCCGGUGCUGUUCAUGCGCUCGGACGGGGGCCUCACGCCGAUGGAGAAGUUCUCCGGUGCCAGCUCCAUCCUGUCGGGCCCGGCCGGCGGCGUUGUUGGCUACGCCAUGACCACGUACGACCACGGUGACGGCACACCCGUCAUAGGCUUUGACAUGGGAGGCACCUCCACCGACGUCAGCCGCUAUGCCGGUGAGUACGAGCACGUCUUCGAGGCCACCACCGCCGGUGUCACCAUCCAGGCGCCGCAGCUCGACAUCAACACGGUGGCGGCCGGCGGCGGCUCCCGGCUCUUCUUCAGGUCUGGGCUCUACGUGGUUGGCCCUGAGUCAGCCGGUGCCCACCCCGGCCCCGCGUGUUACCGCAAGGGGGGUCCAUUGACCAUCACUGAUGCCAACCUCUGCCUCGGCCGCCUCCUUCCUGAGUACUUCCCACGGAUCUUUGGCCCCGGCGAGGACCAGCCCCUGUGCCGGGACACGGUGGCACAGGCGUUCCAAGCCAUGGCCGCCGACAUCGCCGCCUUCACCGCCAGCACCGCCGGUGACACCAGCACCAGCGCCACCAGUGCCCCCGCCACCCCCAGUGCCCCACAGCCCCUGUCAGUGGAGGAGGUGGCCAUGGGCUUCGUGCGUGUGGCCAAUGAAGCCAUGUGCCGGCCCAUCCGCGCCCUCACGCAGGCCCGAGGCCAUGACACUGCCCGGCACGUGCUGGCGUGUUUCGGGGGCGCCGGGGGGCAGCACGCGUGUGCCAUUGCCCGCGCCCUUGGCAUGAGCCGUGUCUUCAUCCACAGGCACAGCGGGCUGCUGUCGGCCGUGGGGCUGGCGCUGGCGGAUGUGGUGCACGAGGCACAGGCUCCCUGUGCCCUUCCCUACGCUCCCGACUCCUUCCCACACCUGGACCGGCGCAUCCAGGAGCUGGAGCAGGAAUGCCGGGAUGUGCUGCAGGAGCAGGGCUUCAGCCUGGAGCAGAUCCGCACGGAAUCCUUCCUACACCUGCGCUAUGAAGGCACCGACUGCGCCCUCAUGUGCUCGGCCAAGGGGCACCCGGCCACCGCCGGCUCCUGCCGCGCCGGGGACUUCCUCAGCGCCUUCACCAGCCGGUACCGGCUGGAGUUCGGGUUCACGAUCCCGGACCGGGCCGUGCUCGUGGAUGACGUCCGGGUGCGCGGCACCGGCUCCAGCGGCAGCAGCGCCCGGAGCCCCCUGAGCCCCAGCGGGGAACCCCCCCCCGUGGAGACGGUGACGCGGUGCUACUUCGAGGAGGGGUACAUGGACACCCCCGUGUUCCUGCUGCAGGCGCUGGCCUGUGACCACAGCAUCCCCGGGCCAGCCAUCAUCAUCGACAGCAACAGCACCAUCGUGGUGGAACCGGGCUGCACCGCCAGCAUCACCCGCUUCGGUGACAUCUCCAUCGCCGUGGGGUCGGUGGCCCCACGCCCCAUCGGCCCCCAGCUCGACCCCGUGCAGCUCUCCAUCUUCUCCCACCGUUUCAUGAGCAUCGCAGAGCAGAUGGGCCGCAUCCUGCAGCGCACGGCCAUCUCCACCAACAUCAAGGAGCGCCUGGACUUCUCCUGCGCGCUCUUCGGGCCGGAUGGGGGGCUCGUGUCCAACGCGCCCCACAUCCCCGUGCACCUCGGCGCCAUGCAGGAGGCCGUCCAGUUCCAGAUCCGGAACCUGGGUGAGGACCUGCGGGACGGGGACGUGAUCCUGAGCAACCACCCGUGUGCAGGGGGCAGCCACCUGCCCGACCUCACCGUCAUCACCCCGGUCUUCUGGCCGGGCAUCCCCAGCCCCGUGUUCUUCGUGGCCAACCGCGGGCACCACGCGGACAUCGGCGGCAGCACCCCCGGCUCGAUGCCCCCCCACUCCAAGACGCUGCGGGAGGAAGGAGCCGUCUUCAUCUCCUUCAAGCUGGUCAAGGACGGGGUGUUCCAGGAGGAGGCGGUGGCCGCGGCGCUGCACGCCCCGGGGCAGGUCCCGGGCUGCAGUGGGACACGGAACCUGCGUGACAACGUGUCGGACCUGCGCGCGCAGGUGGCCGCCAACCGCGCCGGCGCUGAGCUGGUGACGGCGCUGAUCCGGCAGCACGGGCUCAGCACCGUGCAGGGCUACAUGCGGCACGUCCAGGACACCGCGGAGCGCUGUGUUCGGGACAUGCUCCGAGCCUUCUGGGCGCGCUGGGGCGCGGAGCUGGGGGCCGAGGACGGGCUGGAUGAUGGGAGCCGCCUGCGGCUGCGCGUGCGGCUGCAGCCCGAGGUGCGGGGGGGGGGGUUUGGG